CUGUUUGAGUGUGUCAAAUUAUUGUGUCUCACUGUUAAGGAGCAAAACGGCAGCGAAAAAAAAAAGAAACUUUUCCGAAGAAUACGUUAAGUUUGGAUUUACCUUAAUAGAAAAAGACGAGUUACAAUUGCCUCAGUGUAUGAUAUGUAUGAAAGUUUUACGUCAUGAUAGCAUGAGGCCCAAUCGCGUUGAAAGGCAAAAUAAGCCUCAUAUCAUCGGUAAAGAAUUAAUAAAACCAUGUGUCCUAAAACCCACGCAUCUAAUUUUAGGAGAAGAUGCAGAGCAAGAAAUGAAGUCUAUUUCUCUUUCGAAUAACACAGUCAAGCGUAGAAUCGAUGACAUUGCAGCAGACAUAAAGUCACAAAUAAUUAACAAAGUAAAGUUGUCGCCAUUUUUGCUUUUAUUUGUGAUGAAUCCACCGACAUCAUUAAUUCUGCACAGUUAAUAGUUUAUGUUCGUUACAUCGGUGGAGAUAUCAUUCAAUAAGAGAUUUUGUACUCCCAAUCUUUUAAUCUUUUAAUUCAAUAUCAAACUUUGUUGAAAAAAAUUAUUUGGAUUGGAAGAAGCUCACUGGACUUUGCACAGAUGGCGCACCUGCAAUGACAGGUGUACGAUCGGGCUUAGCUAAAAAGCUCACGGAAAAAAAUAUCGCAAUGGUUAGUACACAUUGUUUUAUUCAGCGGCAAGCUUUGGCUUCUAAAAUAUUGCCACAGAAAUUUCGACAGACUUUGGACUCGGCUAUAAGGAUUGUAAACUACAUCAAGUGCAGCGCUUUGAACAGUCGAUUAUUUACUUUCCUUUGCGAGGAUAUCGAUUCUGAUCACAAAGUUCUUCUGUUCCAUACAGAAGUACGCUGGAUGUUUAAAGGCAACAUAUUGGCUCGUCUCUAUAAAUUGAAAAAAGAGGUUAGUUCUACGGAUGAAGUACGAUGACCCGAAGUCAAAUUUUCCAUUAGGAGGAAAAUUUGGAGCCAAUCCAGACAAGGAAGCGAAAGAUCUUUUGGAAAAGGCGAGAUUGCUCGGUUUGGAAGUGAUUGGGGUUUCCUUUCACAUUGGAUCGGGAAACACCCACCUUGAUGUCUAUAAAAAGGCUAUCGUAGCCGCAAGAAAGGUUUUUGAUACGGCCGCAGAACUUGGCUAUCAAUUCAAGUUGUUGGAUAUCGGUGGAGGGUUUUCUGGUAAUACGGGAUCUUCGAUUAACGAGGUGGGAGUCGCUGUUAAUGAAUUUAUAGAUCAAUACUUUCCGGAUCCGUCUAUUAAAAUAAUAGCAGAGCCAGGACAGUAUUUUGUGAUAUCGGCAUUCACUUUAGUCACCCAAAUCCAUUCGAAAAAAUAUCUGUCUAUUCAAAAUGAUAGCGAACCGAUCAGGACGUACUAUGUGGACAUCAGUGUAUUCAACUCUAUUAUCCUAGGCCUCUACGACCUGUACGCUAAAAUAGUUCCCGUCGAAGAAGCUAAAGGAGCACCAGUUUAUCCAAGUACAGUUUGGGGUGCCACCUGUGAUGGUACCGACCGGGUUUCUCCCGAGACAGUACUUCUUCCCGAGCUAGCGAUUGGAGAAUGGGUGGUUUUUGAAGAAACCGGAGCCUACUCUCUAUCUAUAGCAUCAGACUUCAAUGGAUUUGAACUACCACAUGUACAUGGGAUUGUUAACGGAAGAGAUUGGAAAUUUCUCACAGAGGCAGCAGAACGGCCAAUGUCCAAAGAAAAGUUUUCCGCAGGAGAUUAUCCAGAAAAUUAUCUCACUGGUCUGAUGAAGCCAAGCAAGUUUGAUACAAACUAUUUUUGAAAAUAAAUUAUUUAUCCUAUAUAAUAAAUAGUUUUAAUCC